UUAUGACAGAUAAUUAUUUGUUUGGGAUGGCAACUUGUGCAUGUGUUUUGAAUCGUAGCAAAUAGAUCGGGGAUUUAAGAGUAAUUAAUCUUGUUAUAACAUAAAUAACUGAAAUCACGAUGGCCACAUUAGAUAACAAGAUAUGGUUGCUCAAAAACAUAAGAGACGCGUUCAUAGCCACGGAUGAUACGGGCUUGUGCGAGAUUGUUAUGGCCGGGGAGGAUUUCUCGAAGAUAUUUCAAGCGAAAGCGGCAGACGAGCGGAUCAGGUUGAAGGAUGAGAGGUUGUGCCGGCCGAGCACGAGCCACGGGCGGGACGGCAUGGGCAACAUAUCGGAGGAUGAAGACCAGGAGAUCGUGACCCAGUUCGACGCGUAUCCUCAGAUGGAGGAUAGCGAGGAGGACGACCUCAUGAGCGGCAGCUACAUACGAUAUGAUGAUAUUGGAGGACACAGACAAAGAUCCAACACAGCGCAGUGGCUCGACAAAAAGGAGCAAGCACUAAAGAAGGCAUCUAAAAUAAAAGUAAUCAAAUGGGACGACACCUCCACCGAGCUCACCGAAGAGCAGAUCGCGGACAAUUUCACCAAAAUGGAGAUCAGAAAACCUAAACAGAAGUCCAUGCUGACGGAGCUGCUGGAGAAAUGUCCGGAUUUACCCCACAUGCAGUAUUUAGAGUAUGCCAAGUUCGACGGCACGGCGCAGUUGGGGUUGCAGACGAAGAUGUUUAAGAUAUUUAUGAAGAUAUCGGAGAAGUAUCAUAACUAUCCGUUGGUUGUGUGCGUUAUUGCGACGGCUAGGAUAAAGGAUUUGAUUGGAUUCACGUGCUACAAGUACAGCAUCGAGCACCCGGACAUCGCUCUCGGCAACAUCAACGAGUACGGGCUCUGCAUCGCCGAGGACGACGGAGACGUGGACCUCGCGUUCCCGUGCCUCGACGCGCACGAGCCGUGCGCCAAGUUCGGCUUCACGUGCCUCGGCCUCAUCGAGCUGAACAAGCGAGACGACAACAACGUCACCAGCUCGCUGCCUGAGGACGCCACGGGGUUCCAGGGGUUCAUGUUUCCUAAGGUGAACGAUUCGGGGCAGAGUCAUCAGAAUCCUUCUCGACACAACACGGGCGGCAGCGCCACCUCUGAAGCGGUCAAGAAUGCUCUAGAGGCGGUCAAUGAAGGCCUCAAGAAAGCCGACAACGACCUGGACAAGCUCCACUCCCACGCUAUGGCGACUUCCGCCCCGCAGUACAAGGCAUACAGGGUGCACAUGCUGCGGCGAGUCAGGGCCAACACGCUCAUACAGCUCGGGGUGUCCAUAGACAGGGUCGAGGUGGAGCCACUUGCUAACAACAAGCACACACACUGGCUAAAACCGAAGUACUUCAUGCACAGCAUCGACUCUAUAGCCUGGUGUCAAAUAAUGGAGGCGAAGGGGAAUAAGUGCGUGUUCAGGAUCGUGUACACCGACGAACAGAAACCGUCCACAUUCGACCGUAGCACAAGUUUCUUCCACUCGAACUCUAACUACAAGUUCCACGACUUCGAAUGCGACCACCCGACCGCCAAAGAGAUUGUCGAGAAAGUCAACACCAUUCUCGAGUUCCGCAACAGCCCGUGCAGGAGAGAGUACAAGACCGCUAAAGAGAAGAAACUACAGACCAGGAGGAGUUUCCACUCGAAACAUAUGAGUAGCAGCUAACUAGUUUACUUUUAAGG